CUCAUGAACAACUUCCCUUCCUUCUCCUCGCCGCCCCCAAACGCACCAACCAUCCAGCCGGUGUGCAAACCCUGCCUCCGGGCCCCGUGGAGGAUGAGCGAUGGGCCCACGCUCGACUACGAGUUGCUGCUGUCCCCGGCCGGCUCCUCGUUCCUCCCCGGUGGUGGUGGCGGCGGCGGCGGCGGCGGCAGCAGCAGCAACCCGCCCCUGGCCUCGAUCGGGGUGGACAGCGAGCAGUGCACCGCCUUGGCCUUCGUGGGCCUCCUUAUGCUUUUCCUGGUCUUCCUGCUGGUCAGGUGCUUCAGGAUCCUGCUGGACCCCUACAGUCGCAUGCCCGCAUCAUCCUGGACUGACCACAAGGAGGGGCUGGAGAGAGGUCAGUUUGAUUACGCCCUGGUGUGA